GGGGUCGCCCAGCUAGAGCCACCGGCUACAGUUCAUCGCCCCCGCGAGGCGAGGCCACAGAAGUCGCGUUGGCCCUUCGCCAACUCCUGCCACCUCCACCGCAGAGGAACGACGGCCGACCACCGUCUCCGCCGCGCUCCCGAGGCGCGCGGCGUUCUUGGCCCCGUCCGGCCACCGUUGCUUUCUAUACAGCGGCGCCCCUGACCCGGAAGAGUAUUCUCCUUAGCAACUGCGGGACCGCGGCGGCGCCAGCCUCCCGGGAGCGACGGCUCUACUCUGAGACCUUCACGUGUGGACUUCUCAUCAUUUGGAUCUUAGCUCCAGUAUUAUCUCCUCAAUAGAAGCUUUUCCUAAUCACCAAAGCGAAAGUAGUGUCCUCUUUCCUCAUCCUGUUUGUCACGAUCUCAUCACUCUUUUUUACCUCCAUGCUAGUGACACCUGAGCCACUCAAGGCAGGAAGAACUCUGAGCUGAGCAGUGGAGGCCUCUCUGGAUCUGGAGAGAAGAGGUCACCUUGGAACCAGUAAUGAGCCAUCCUGACUGCAGGCUGAACCUCCGGCCCCUGGGGACCCCCAGAGGUGUGUCCUCUGUGGUUGGCCCACAUGGUGUUGGUGCUUCGCCAGGUGACAAAAAGGCAAAGAGCAAGUCCGUACGAGGGAAGAAAAAGAGCAUAUUUGAAACCUACAUGUCCAAGGAGGAUGUUUCAGAAGGCUUGAAGAGAGGAACACUUAUUCAGGGUGUAUUGAGAAUUAAUCCAAAGAAGUUUCAUGAAGCCUUCAUUCCUUCCCCGGAUGGUGAUCGAGACAUUUUUAUUGAUGGUGUUGUUGCUCGUAAUAGAGCCUUGAAUGGGGAUCUGGUGGUCGUGAAGCUGCUUCCAGAAGAGCAGUGGAAGGUAAUUAAACCAGAGAGCAAUGACAAAGAAACAGAAGGUACCGAUGAAUUAGAUCUCCCUGAAGAGCUCUGUGGAAGCCAUCUCCCGCAGCAGUCCGUGAAAGGCUAUAAUGACAGUCCUGAUGUCAUUAUAGAGGCUCAGUUUGAUGACAGCGACUCAGAAGAUGGACAUGGCAACACACAGAAUGUUCUGGUUGAUGGUGUUCAGAAACUCUCAGUUUGUGUUCAUGACAAAGGAAAAGAAGAUGCCGAUGCCCCCGUCACGAAAGAUGAGAGCACCUCCAUGUCACAGGACACAAGAGUUUUAUCAGAGAAGUCUCUGCAAAGAUCAGCAAAGGUGGUUUACAUCUUGGACAAAAAACAUUCCCGAGCAGCAACGGGCUUUCUCAAACUCUUGGCUGAUAAGAACAGUGAACUGUUUAGGAAAUAUGCCCUGUUUUCUCCCUCGGACCACCGAGUGCCUAGAAUUUAUGUGCCUCUCAAGGACUGUCCCCAGGACUUUGUGACCCGGCCUAAAGAUUAUGCCAACACACUGUUCAUCUGCCGCAUCGUGGACUGGAAGGAGGACAGCAAUUUUGCCCUGGGGCAUCUGGCUAAGAGUCUUGGGCAGGCUGGUGAAAUUGAGCCUGAAACAGAAGGAAUACUAACAGAGUAUGGUGUGGAUUUCUCUGAUUUUUCUUCAGAAGUUCUAGACUGUCUCCCUCAAGGUCUGCCCUGGACAAUCCCACCAGAGGAAUUCGGCAAGAGAAGAGAUUUAAGGAAAGACUGUAUCUUCACCAUUGACCCAUCUACUGCCCGCGACCUCGAUGAUGCCCUCUCCUGCAAGCCGCUUGCUGACGGCAACUUCGAGGUGGGAGUUCACAUUGCUGACGUCAGUUACUUUGUUCCUGAGGGAUCCCCUCUGGAUAAAGUAGCUGCUGAGAGAGCCACGAGUGUCUACUUGGUUCAGAAGGUUGUCCCCAUGCUUCCCAGGCUGCUGUGUGAAGAGCUGUGCAGCCUCCAUCCCAUGACAGACAAGCUGACCUUCUCUGUGAUCUGGACACUCACCCCAGAGGGCAAGAUCCUUGGUGAAUGGUUUGGUCGGACCAUCAUUCGUUCCUGCACCAAGCUGAGCUACGAGCACGCACAGAGCAUGAUUGAAAGCCCGACUAAGAAAAUCCCUGAGAAGGAGCUGCCCCCCAUCUCCCCGGAGCACACCAGCGAGGAGGUACACCAGGCCGUCUUGAAUCUCCACGGAAUUGCAAAGGAGUUACGCAAACAGCGGUUUGUGGACGGCGCGCUGCGUUUGGAUCAACUAAAACUUGCUUUCACUCUGGAUCACGAGACUGGAUUGCCUCAAGGAUGUCACAUCUACGAGUACCGUGACAGCAACAAGCUCGUGGAGGAGUUCAUGCUCUUGGCCAACAUGGCAGUGGCCCACAAGACCUACCGCGCCUUCCCUGAGCGCGCCCUGCUGCGCCGACACCCCCCGCCCCAGACCAAGAUGCUCAAUGACCUCAUGGAAUUCUGUGACCAGAUGGGGCUGCCCAUGGACUUCAGCUCUGCCGGGGCCCUCAACGAAAGUCUGACCAAAACAUUUGGAGAUGACAAGUACUCACUGGCCCGGAAGGAGGUGCUCACCAACAUGUGCUCCCGGCCCAUGCAGAUGGCACUGUACUUCUGCUCGGGGACGCUGCGGGACCAGGCACAGUUCCGGCACUAUGCCCUCAACGUACCACUCUACACCCACUUCACCUCCCCCAUCCGCCGCUUUGCUGACGUCCUGGUGCACCGCCUCCUGGCCGCCACUCUUGGCUACAGGGAGCUGCCGGACCUGGAACCCGACGCCCUGCAAAAGCAGGCCGACCACUGCAAUGACCGCCGCAUGGCGUCCAAGCGCGUACAGGAGCUCAGCACCGGCCUCUUCUUUGCCAUCCUCGUGAAGGAAAGUGGCCCCCUGGAGUCAGAAGCCAUGGUGCUAGGCGUCCUGAACCAAGCCUUCGACGUGCUGGUGCUGCGCUACGGGGUGCAGAAGCGUGUCUACUGUAAUGCGCUGCCCCUGCAGUCCCACCACUUCCAAAGGGUGGGCAGGAAGCCGGAGCUCACGCUCGUCUGGGAGCCUGAGGACCUGGAGCAGGAGCCGGCGCAGCAGGUCGUCACCAUCUUCAGCCUGGUGGAAGUGGUGCUGCGGGCGGAGACCUCGGCCCUCAAGUACAGUGCCAUCCUGAAGCGGCCGGGCCCCGAGGGCCUCCCGGGCCCGCGGGACGAGGAGGAAGCGUGACGGGGACGACGGCCUCCAGCCCAGCCGCACCCCGCCCACACCACUGCCCCACCCGCUGGCUUUUAGGAAUAGGACCUUUUGACACCAAAGGGGAUUUUUAAUUUGGUUUUUAACGACUCAGGGUUUUUGUUUUUAUUUCUUCAUUUUGUUUUAUUUUUGCAGCUCAGUUUUUAAACAAACCGGAGAGGAGAGGGUGGGGCCGGACGGAAGGCUGAGGCCCGGCUGGUGCUUAACCAGAGCAGAACAGGACCCGGUCCUCCUGGGAGGCCAGCCCCUCUUCUGCCUGCCCACCCACUGCCUUCCCCUGCCCAGGAAACCAGGGGUUUUCAGCAAAUCAGUGUCAUGGAAUAAAAUCAGGUGUGAAUUGUGGUCCGGUGUGUGGGGCACCCCUGGGAGGCCAGGGCCGCAGGGUGCCCCUUGGACCCAGGACUGGGGACCUGGCUCGGGCUCCACCCCUCACAGCUGAGCUGAGAUCGCCACCCUCCGGAACCUUUCUGUCAGUUCCAGGAUGAUUCACAGAGCUGGCCACAUGUCACACUGUUGCCAGGGCCUCAUUCUGGCUGAUUAGAAAUGUAAUUAGUAUGCAAGACAGCAAGCUCAGCCAUCACCCUGCCUCAGGUGGCUGUGUCCGUCCCUGCCCCCACCACUUCCUCUCUGCCUGCUGGCCUCAGGAUGGGGGAGGCAUGGGUCCUAUAACACUCCCCCCCCCACCCCCGCUUCAGGUCCUAGGCCAGAGCUCUGAGUGGCCCUGUCCACACCCCCUUGGUUCAAGCUGGCCCCUCGGCACCUCCAGCGCCCGUCCCAAACCCCGGCCGCACCCCGUGGGGUCCCGGCCUGCCAGAGGGAAGGAGAGCCCUCAAACUGGCCUUCCCCACCAGGGAUGGGAAAAUGGGUGCCUGGUGGCCCUAGGCUGGCCUAGUCACCUGCCUGGCAUCGUCCUGAGCGCCCACCAGUGGCACCGUCCUCGGGGACCCAGGGACAGAGAUGGAGGGCCGUUGGGCGGUGCUGUCUCCCCAGCUGGCCUGGCCACGGCCUGCACUCCUUCCCCACCUAACUGGGAAACCACAGAUCAGCUUCCCUAGGAGCUGCCAGGAGCGAGGGUGAACGGUGCCCCUGGCCCCGGCUCCACCGUGCCGUUUCCUCUGGUGUCAGUAUUCAGCCCAUUUGAUCUGGCGGCAGUGAAUUUCCUUCAAAGAAAAACUCAGUACGAUACCUGGGAGGAGGGCCUCGCAGGAACCGGAGGGCUGAUGGAGCCGCUGCUUUUGUCCACCGGCAGGCCAUGGCCCGUCCUCAUCCAGCACCGGGCUGGGUGUCAGAGGGGAAGGGAGGACACCGUUCGGUUCCUUUCUCUUCCUCCAGCACCCUAGCCAGCCUUCCAAGUGUCCAUCUUGCCACCCCCUCUCCGUUCCUGUCCCCAGAACCUUCUCCUGCAGCCAAGUAUCUGGAAAGGAAGAUGGGCGAGGGUCUGGUGGUUUGGCAUUUGGAGGAGGAGAUUUCUGGGCGUUUGCUGUCCCGGGCAGCCCGACAGAGCCCCGGUGCUGUCCCUGAAGGCGUCCCACGGAGCCUGGGAGCUGGGGGCAGGGCAGAGCCCCCAUGGAGUGGCACCCCUCAGGGCAGCGGUGUGUCAGAGCAGCCGGGCUCCCUCUCGAGCAGCGUGGACUCAGACUGGACCCCCCUCCCGCUGCUCCAGUGCCCCCCCCCCCCCCCCCGAGCCCUGGAGAGGCAUAGCCAGCUUGGUCAGCAAAGAAGAUCUUGGCUCCCGGCACUCGCUUGGGAGUCGCCCUGAUGCGCUCUGGAGCCAUGGGGGCCAUUGCGGCCCCAGCCCACCCCCACCCCAUUUGACAGAAGUGGAAACUCUACCCAGCAAGGAAGCAGGUCUCUGGCUAGAGUGACACAGCGAGACUGCCCAGCCAGGACCAGGGCUCAGGCACCUGCCCGCCACUACACCCCCACUGCCUAUGGGCCCAAAGGAGGCAGCCCAGCACCCUCCACAAGUCACCGGAGUUCGUCUUCAUCCCCUCCUCCGGCACACAGGGCUCUGGCGGAAGCCCACGGAAGGGGCCGCCCCUCCUGUGUCCCCACGUGAUGGAGCUCUUGACAAGAGGAUGACCAGCACAAAACCUCGUCAAAAAGGAAGACUUGCUCAUCCCUUCGGCUGCUCCAGAACCACCGCACGCUAGUACGGGCAGGAGCCCCAGACCCCACGCGAGGCCCUGUCUUUCUCACAGGGCCGCCUCGGAUCACCGUGCAGCGGGAGGUGUCAUGCAAAUAAUGUCACUACAGGACGAGGCUCUAGCAGAGCUCCGAGGCUGGAGAGCGUAUUCCCAGCCAUGAAGGGACAGUAGCCAGGUGACACAUGGGCCCCACACGGGUGAAGAAACUGAGGCUUGAUGGUAUUGGACUUAACCACGAGCUGUGAAGGUCAAAGUCAUUCGGGUCGGUCAGAGAGCACUGAGAGGAUGUGCAAGAAGAUGCUGGACAAGGAGACUGCAUGGACCUUCUGAGCUGGCCGGAGACUCUGCACUCCGAGGGCCGUGAAGAGCCACUGGAGGUUUCCAACCAGAGCUGUGCCACAGUGCGGCCUCUGUGCCUUCAGUCAGCCGUAUGUUCUCGGGGCCGCUGUCCAGAGGGCACUUGUGUCACUAGUGCGGCAGGUGGUGGUGAUGGCAUGAAGGUAAAGCGGGAGGGGGAGGUCGAGUGUGGGCAAAGCCUCAGGGAGCAGACUGCUGGCUAUUUGCAGGCGUGGGCCCUGAGGCCCAGUGCCAUCCGGAUGGUGGAGGGCGUGGGAGGCUGGAGCGCAGGGGAGCCAGCGAGCUGGGACAGUGAGGACUUUCCUCACGGGGGGAGCAGAUGAAGGGUGCAAGCCAGCUAGUGUCUCUGCUGAGAACAGACCUGGGACGCGGGGUGGGGGGGAGGUGGGGGCAGUACAGAGGCUGGGCGGGGCUGGAGGGCUGGGGGGGGGGGGGGGGGGGCGCAGCAGUAGGGGUAGCGGCCGCAGGUAGAUGUGGGAAUGCCGGGCUGGGCCCUGAAGUGCAGGACAGUGGUCCUCUGGUCGGGCAUCGUCAGCACACAGCCCGGACCGGAAGCCUGGAAGGGCUCGGGGCUGAAAAUCCAGGGUCGGGAAAGAUGGGGAGAAGGAGCCAGAGAGAGGGGCCCUUGAGCCUUCAGGAAAACUCCUGUCUUUUGAUUACAAAGAAAAGAAACCCAGUGCAAAGUGGCUCUGGGAGGAGGGAACUGGUAGGAAGAUUGGAUGUGAACUAGCAGAGGAGGGCGGGAAAGCCCACCGUGAGGGAGGUAGGGACGCACCAUGCCUCCAGGUCACCCUGAGUGGCUCUGUCUCCCUUCUCCGUUUCCUCUUCCCUUCCUCCUGGUGUAAAUCACUUCCUCCACCACGACCUUCUGGAAGCAUGAGCUCUGUAUCUUGUAGCCCACCCUCUUGGAGAGAAACCGACACCCUCUCCCAAGUUAGAGAGACCCCAGGAAAGAAUGGGGCGGCUGCCCACCCCUGGCCCAUCAGAGAGCCGUCACGGGGCAGAAUGGUAGCUCCUGGGGUCUCUGGCAGUUGGGAGGGAUGGGUAAGAAGCUGGGGAGCAGGUCCCAGGAAGAGGCCACACCACUGGGGAGACACAGCACCAGAUGCCCCCCGCAGCUGCUGCAAGCACAGAACAGUGACGGGCCCCGAGGUGGGAAGCUAGAAGCCAGGUUGGAGGGACCGUGAUAAUCCAGGCAAGGUGAAGGCCUGAGAGAGGGAGCAAAGCCCAAAUGUCCCGAUAGAGCUGGCACCAGCAGGUGCCGGAGUCACGGGCAACAUUGGGCUCCUCACGGAGGAGGCGGAGAGGAGCGCCCUGGGGGAGUGGGGGCAGAGGAGGGGUGGGGACAGCAAAGGCCAGAGGUUGGAUUCCUUCUGGGGACAAGAGAGCCUCAAACGCUGCUGCCGGGGGUUGAAGGCAUGAGGCAGAGUCGUGCAGCACGUUGGGGCCACGCAAGUGGUGCAAAGCAGCAAUCCUCGCAGCAGCCGAGACAGGAAGCACCCCAAGUGUCCGCCAGCACAGGAAUGGAUAAAGAUGUGCCGCAUACACACAACGGAAUAUUACUCAGCCACGAGGGAGGACAUCCUGCCAGCUGUGACACCAUGGGUGAAUCUGGGUGACAUCACGCUAAGUGAAGUGUGCCAGGCACGAGACAAAUACAUGUUCUCACUUACGUGUGGAGUCUAAAAUCAUCAAAU